AGUGGCGCAUGGCAUGACGGCAACCCACCGUGGUCUUAAACUUGUAUAUCUCACAGGUGACUAGUUUUAUUUAUUCGUGCAACAGGUUUACUCCCAUUAAAAGGGAACGGUACGAGAAUUUUACAAACCCUUACUCUUCAUUCCGGUCGGCCAUUUUCCCAAUUUUUAAAUAACCUUGCCCGAGUUUUCAUUUCUUUCGAGAGAGAGAGAGAGCGCAAAGUUUGACAUUGUUUGAUACACGGUGAAAGCGACCUGCGCUGCGACCCAAAGUCCAUUUUCGUCACACAACAGAGAAAAUGCUUUGGUGGUUGACAAACGUCAAACUGGUUUUGUUUUUCCUAGUAAUUUCUCGACUUUCCCUGGCAGCCAACAAAGCGGAGCGUAACGAUACGAUCAAGCGCAGCUUUCACGGCGAAUCACACGUGUCAUCUUACGUGACCGUCACUGUCCCCUAUGAAAAUGACGACUUGAUUGCCCGACUUAUUACCGACCAACUGGAGACGACCACCGAUUCAUCAGCCAAUCCUCGUUUUGACAAUCAAGUUUCUUCGUCACUAGAAACGGUUUUGAAUCGAUGCCUCGAUAGGCAUUUGACAGUCCAAUUUUUGGGUCCAUUUCUUAUUUUUACCGGCCUCAUUGGUCUUCUUAAUGGCCCACUUUUCGGAGUCAAAGUGCUUCUCUUCUCCAUACAGUUUAACAUCGUUUUCCCGACGUUUGUCUGCUUCGUCACGGAAUGGUUUUAUCACAAUCCAGAUCGAGUAGGACUUCCUGAACUUUAUUGAGGAAAUUUACAUAUUUCGAGUCAUCGUAUUUGUUUAUGAAAAUACUGUGAUGCUACUUGGGUUUUUUCCUAAAUUAUUCAUGUUAUCUGUGGUAUAAGAAUCGUACCAUUUCGGGUGGUCUUUGUCCCUCAUUUGAAAAUCCUUUAAUCAUUAUUUACGUAGAGUAAAUACAACGCGUAAAAGGAUA